AUGGUUGGCAAGAAGUCAGGGAAAGCCCUCCUCCGCGAGGAGGGCCUCGAGCGCACCGACAACAAUAUGGACUUGACGUCGUGGCCCGUCGUGCCUGCCAUCAACCAGAAGAAUUACUACACAGACUACCUCAAGCGCGAUGAACAGAUACUGGCCGUGCGGACGCAACAGGAGGAGGCUCGAGGGAAGAUGGUCAAAGAGGCGAGGGAGAGGGAUCGCGAGCGGGCUGGUGUGGGUCAGCAGGGCGAAGAUGGGGAUGUUGAGAUGCGUGGUGAGGAUGACGAUGAAGAGGAUGGCGAGGCUGAGGGAGAUGUGGAGAUGGAUGGGACCAAGUGUAUUGUGCUACAUCUAGGUAGUCAGAAUCUGAGAGUUGGGUUGGCGAGUAACGCGCUGCCAAAGACGGUGCCUAUGGUCAUCGCACGGCGAGCACCGCAAGCGGAGUCCGAGCUAGGAGAUGGCGAACCGGCGCCGAAGCGUGUCAAGCUUGAGAAUGGACUGUGGCCUAAUGAGCCGGAGAAGCGGCUGGGAGAGGACUUUGCUAAGAAGUUUACUGGCAUGAGCAAUGAUCUCAAAGUGAGGAUGCGGGCGAAUAAGCGGAAGGUGCUGCCUCAGAGCAGGGAUAUGGUCACCAGUCACAACCGGCGGCAUACAUACGACACAAUCACGGAGAUGAAUGAUACGAUGAGGAUCGACUGGACAGAUGUGAGUGCGAAGCCUGAAUACAUUACGGGCAUGGAUGCUCUAAGAAUACCGGACGAGUCGAAGCCACGGUACAGGCUUUUCUGGCCAAUUCGGCAUGGCUGGCUGAACGAAGCGGACUACAAGAACGCGAGAUUCUUGUGGGAGGACAUCAGAGUCAUCCUUAUGGAGGCCAUCAAAUCACAGAUUGGCAUCCAGCCGCGACAGUUCAACGAGUACAGCUGCGUGAUUGCUGUGCCGGAUUACUACGAACGAAACAACGUGACAGCCAUGCUGGAGAUGGCCUUGAUCGAGUUCAACUUCUCCAAAGUCGCCUUCAUCCAAGAAGGUCUUGCAGCCAGCUUUGGCGCCGGCGUCAUGACAGCCUGUAUUGUCGACAUUGGCGACCAGAAGACGUCAAUUUCCUGCAUCGAAGACGGCAUGAUUGUCGAGAACUCCCGAGUCAACCUCAAAGUUGGCGGCAACGAUAUCACGAACCUCUUCGUCAAGAUGAUUCUGUACAAUCACUUCCCAUAUGCAGACAUCAACCUCAAGCGCCGUCACGAUUACCUCCUAGCCGAAGAGCUCAAGCACAAAUUGCUCACUGUCACCGAAGCUGACAUAUCUGUAUCGAUGUACGAUUUCCAUCUGCGCGCACCAGGGCAAGACACGAGAAAAUACACCUGCAAGAUCUACGAUGAGGUUAUCCUACCAGUGACGGCGCUCAAUCGACCAGAAGUUUUCGAUCAUGACGGAAAGCUUACUGGCCGCAACACCCUCGUUGAUCGAUCUUACGACAUCUACGAUGGCAAGCCUAACGACCCUACAAGCUCGGCCCAGGCCGAGAUCCUUAAUGCAAUCGCACCACCAGAAGUUCUGGCUGAGUACAAACCAAAAGCACCAGCCAACGGCAUCACCAACGGCAACCUUCCCACGGUCGGUAACGACGUUGACGGUACCGACUCCCGCCGUCCAUCAGUCGCUGCUCUUCCUGCCUGGAACCAGGACGGCGCCGACGCACCAACGCCACAACCUUCGCACGCCAGCUCACCCGUUCGUCAACUUGACCCGGUCAACGGCACCGGCACGCCUGCACCAGAAGACGCCUCAACCCCUCUACCAGCAGCCGAAACCGCUAUCCCCUUCUUCAAUAAUAUGGCCGUUCCCCGCCUCCCGACUCCAGAACCAGACGAGCCUCUCCCUCUCGAACGCCGCUCCGAUCUCCUGCCGGUUUUCCCUCUCGUCAACGCAAUCAUGGUUUCGAUCAAUCACGCCGCCCGCGGCUCGCCUGGUCGUACGCGCGAUUUCCUCGGCUCGAUCUUGCUCAUCGGCGGCGCGAGCACGACGGGUGGGCUAGCGACUUAUAUUGAGGAGCAGCUGCAAGGACAAAUGGCUGGGUAUAGCAAGGAUGUGGUUGUUGGAAGGCCGCCAAGAGAGCUUGAUGCGCAAGUGGUAGGAUGGAAAGGGGCGAGCGUGUUUGCGAGGAUGGGAAGGACGAAUGAUAGUUGGGUCACGGGAGCAUUGUACGAGAGAUUGGGCGAGAGGGUGUUGGGUCAAACAGCAUCAGAGAACGAAGAUCGCCUCAAUGUCUUCUUUCACUCCCACGCCAACGCAAAAGCAAACAGCUCUUUGGCCAUAACAAACAUGAUCUGCGCUGCAAAGAAACCGAACUCGGCCCCAGAUCCAGUCUUGCCUUCUCACGACACGUCUUCCAACAAUACACCUACCCAAAAUACGCUUGUUCACACCAGUGACCCGGCAUAUAACAUUAUCUCUGACACAUGGAUCGAUGGCCAUCGACAAGAGCAUCCACGGCUCCGGCCAUUUUCAGAUCAUGCCAUUGAAAAAGCUAUCCUUGCGGUUGACUUUGGGGAGCUGCAAGUUCCUGAGAGGUUCACAGAUCUCGUCGAAGACACAGACCAUGAUGGAAAUCCACGAGAACCAACCAACGCUGAGGUAGCUCAGCUGCAAGAAGCAUUAGCUAGGGAGGUUCCUCACUUCAGGUACGAGAGUUUCUGGGCGUUGCUUGUGCUCUGGCAGGAGCUUCAUCGAGCGAAGCGAGAACGUGGCCGUGAUAGGGACUUCGGCAGUCCCUUCUCUGAAGACGAAAUAGCCGACAUGGAGGAGGGCAGUUCAUGGCCCGGGUACGCGGGUACUUCAAGGACUCAGCACAGAGACGAUGAAACCGACCCUGCUCACGACGCAGAGCCCUCCCAACCUCCUACACCUAGCCUACCUGCACACAACAGAACCGUCAACGAUGGUCAGAACAGCAGCUCUCCUCCCUCCGGACUCGAUGCGAACAUCAUCCCUGACGGCCAAAUCACCUCCCUCCGCGCGCAGUAUCCCCGCCUGCAGCAGUUCUCCGAUUAUGCCAUCCAGGAGGUCAUCAGGAGAGUUGAUCUGGCUCAUUUGGCUGUUCCGGCACAAUUCAACGAUCUUGUUCUAGGCACAGACGCGAACGGCGCCUUCCAUGAACCAACAGUCACCGAAGUAUUCGAGCUUGAGGAGGCGCUCGCUGGUCAAGUCCCGGACUUUGGUCACGAGAGCUUUGGAGUGCUGAUCGUGCUUUGGCAAGAGCGAUCUCGAGCUCAUCAAUUGGUGCUGUUCCAUCCCGUCGCAGAUCCUCUCGACGCCACCACAACACCUCUAUAUGCCCCAACAACGCCACCCCAACAGCCGAUCAACACACGUAAUCCCGAACUCUCGCCUACUCCAACUCUCGUCAACUCUCCUGCACCCGCGGCCACCGCCACCGCCACCGCCACCGGCCACCGGACAGCCACUGCUCCUCCGCCGGGUCCAACUCGCAGCACCCGCGCCCUUAGCGGUGCCACUCUGAACAACGAUCUCGUCGGUCGCGCCCGCAGCGUAGAGCCGGCUUCCACGGGUGUCUUUGCAGAGUCGGCAGCGCUUGCAACGUCGUUAAGGAGGAGACGAGCUGUCAGUGGGGAAGCAGCUAUUGGUGGUAACGAUGAGCACAGAACUAGGCGGAGACGACUCAGCGAGGACUUGGGACUCGGAGACGGCGGAGAUGCUGCGAAUGACGUCGAUGAUGGUGGGUCAGAGUCCGAAGGUGAUGAUGAUAAUGAUGUGGCUGCUCAGGCGCGGGAUACGGCUCCAGCUCCAGUCACACCCACCCAUGCGCCAUCCAACCUCAACACACCUACUGACAUCGCACCCGCCUCGACCCCACCUACGCGCGACAGUACUUCCGACGACGCACACAGCAGCGGAUCCUCCAUACCCAGUAUUCACACAGAGGAUAUUAGGGAGAUCCCUGAUGUUUGGAUUUCGGGCAGUCGAGAGGGUUUUCCCCGUCUCCAGCGGUUUUCAGAUGAUGCGAUCGGGGACGCCCUCGAUGCCAUUACCUUUGAGAGAUUGGAAGUUCCUGAGGUGUUUAGGGAGCUCAUCGAAGGUACUGACGACAACGACGACUAUCGAGACCCCACAGACGUCGAGGUAGCUCAGCUGCGAGAAGCACUAGCCGAACAACUGCCCAACUUCGAUUUUGAGAGUGCCUCGGCAUUGAUUGUGCUUUGGCAGGAACGUCUUCGAGAGGACCGCGAACGUGAGCCUGAACGAUUCAGAUGGCGGAACCCGUUUGACCUGGUUGACGGUGGGUAUGAUGGACACGAGCACGAUCGGGCGCGUUAUCAGCGCUUUUAUGAUGCUUCGCCUGGCCCGACUUGGCGCGGUCCUUCUCCCGAUGGGGAGCCCUCUGCACAUACCCCUAGCACACUCGCCGAUCCUCAUACCCCGACAGACAACCUCUUCCAGACCCAGGAUCCGAGUCCCAAUGCCGACUACAGCGGUGCAACCCUCGUCGCCUCUCCCACCACUACUCCACCAUUCGACCACACCGUGGCCCGUCCAGAAGAUCCAGCCGAUGAUGCCACUUCCACCUCGCCACUCGACUACACGUUGUCCGAUCUACCAAAUCCGUUCGAUGAGCUCACUGUUCCCAACGAGCUCGCGUUCAACAGUGACCUUGUCGGGCGCGCUGGCAGCGAAGAGCGACCUCCACCUCGCGAGACGAGGAUGCUGCAUGGGUAUCGGCGGAGAUGGCGGCUUGCAGCGGACUUUGUGGAAGUGCCCACCGUUGUCGGACCGAGAUUUGAGCAGAGGAGGUACAGCAAUUCGGAUGAGUCAUGGCUCCGAAGCGUACGGUACGGCGAUGCUGCGAAUGAUGACGACGAUGGGCCGGAGUCAGAUGAUGAUGGUGAUGUUGCUGGGGCGCUGGUCGGUCUUGGAAUCUCUGGAGCUGGACUGGAAGCUAUGGACACCCUGCAACCCCAGGUUGUUACCGAAGAUCCUACGGUAAAUGCCAGUGAAUCCAGCUCUGGACCGAACAUUACUGACUCAUCACAUGGUACGCCAACUCCUGACACUGUCAUCCCUCGCAGUCCCGAGAGAAAUCAUCCUGCCGCUCUCUCAUACGACAGCGAAGAGGAGGAGCAGCGUCAAGAUCAGGACGCUGACGCAGGAACCCAUCUCGAGGACCUGUGCCGACGAAAUCCGGGCCUGAAGCGUCUGAAGGACUCCCUAGAACUGGAACUGGAACAGGCUGUCAAAUUUACCAACCUCUUAGAUGGCCGCGACUUGGAUGCCGACACUUGGUCAUCAGCUGUCGGACCGAGCGGACCUUCCGCCCAUUAUCUUGCCCUUCGAGAUUUUCCCGACCUGUACAGCGGCGUCCGCGCCGAGCCGAUACCAGAGGACGUCGACCGCUUUCGUCAGGUAUACCGCACUUAUCCUACUUCAAACGCAAUUCUUCACAUGUUUGAUGACGCUAUUGUUGCGACACUCAGGCUCUGGCAAUGCUUAGAAUUCGAGCGACGCGAGCAUGUCACCUUCUUCAUGCUUCACGCAUUUCUCGAGCUUGGUUUUCCCACGUUCCGCCUUACAAUUCUUGCGACUCGAGGGAAGCAUCCUCGCCUCAACGAACUCGUCAUCGAAGACUCGCACCUGCGACGAGCAUUAGAUUACACUAUGGAUCAUAAGGCGAGAUGGAAACGCCGGGCUGCUUGGAGUGGAUCGAGGAGAGUUUUCAAGAGUCAUUCUGCAGGGGAUCUUUCGUCCAGAGACGAGCUCGGCUGGGCCCAUAGACGAUGGUGCGAUCAUCGCAACGCUGGUAUACUGGCAGGAGCUGGUGAGAGAGUGCAGGGUGGGCCUCCAGCUCCGAGAGCUUCUUCAAUACAGUCUGCUACAAACGAGCGUGCUGAUGGCGACAACGACCCUCAGACUGCGGAGGCUGGUGGUGCGACUGUUGUUGAUGCUGCGGACGAGGCUGACAUUGUUGCUGGUCAAGCCAUUUCUGGAGGCGGUACUUCUGACGUUGACCCAACUACCACCAAUCCGCACCUUGGACAAGGCUUCGAUGGCAGCGCUGAUGCGCCAGAUGACGAUGAGAACAGCGACAGCUUUACCUUCGAGGAGGCCUUCAGGUGUGUUAUGCUUGAUCACAGCGAUGUUGCGGACCUCGGUCGAUCCAACACCUCGACAAUUCAGGGCAGAAGCAAUGAGGGCAACAUCACGACUCGCUGGCCACAGCGGUUCGAGCCGAGCAGAACCAGCCUCCGAACCGACACAAAUCCCGGUGUUGGUACUUCGAGUCGAACAAAGAUGCGAAAGAGAAGAAGCAUGGAUCUUGGUCUGAGGAUGGCGCAUGGAGGCGAUGCUGCAGCCGACGGGGACAAUGAUGCUCUUCUUAGCGCCAAUGGCGCCGACGACGAACGCUUCUCGAACUUGUCCGCCGUCGCCACUGAUGGAAGUGCCAACACGCCCAACACUGAGCCAGCACGACCAAACGCUGUCACCAUGACUCCCCAUGCCCUCGCGCUCCGGCGACGAGCAUCCGGCACUACCGAUCGACAAGGCCAGCAACACCGGCAAGGACAGGAACAUCAACAAGAGGUCAUCCUCCGUCAACAACGCCUCAACGAUCAUAGACACAUGACUGGCCGCGAAAUGCAAGUCGCUGACCGCACCCAUCGGCAGAUCGUCAACGGAAACCCCGGCGCGAGAGCAACACUACAACGUUCACCAUUCAGCUUUCGAGAAGAAUUUGGUCUCCCUUCCGGCAUGCUCCGCGGGCUUGGCCACGGGCAGUUGAUCAAUGGAGCCCGACCUGAUGGUGUGUCUCGCGACCAGGCUUCGGAUGAUCUUCCUCGUGCCUCGCACGGAGAGCCGCAGACUAGCGGUGGUGGAAGAUCGGAGAGUGAUGACAUGCUUUGGUUGGAGCUCAUUUCGCCUGUCGAGAAUCCGGUCGUCGUUGGAAGCCGGCCAGGCGGGCUUCAAGAUUCUGAUGACGAGCAAAUCAUUUCAAACUCAUCUGGAGGCGGUAUGCCAGGACGUUGGCCAAUGUCCGACGAGGAGGAGAUCAGUCCACGUACGCGGCCUCGUCGAAAUGCGCUCAGCUUGCAAGGACAUCACAGUCAAGGCGAUGCUGCACCCAACACGAAUGGAGAUGGAAGCACCGGCCGCAACAACCGACCUCGAGACGCGCAGCAUUUGCCAAGAGCGACAGCUGAUGGUCGCCCAGAGCCAACACAAGCUGAGAUCACCUCUUUUCGACAACAAGCCGCGAGCAUGCUCGAAUCCGAUGAUCGAAGUGUUGCCAGUGUCAUAAUCUAUCUGCGAGAUCGCCGGGCGAGGCAGAUGCGAGAUGCGAGAAUGGCUUGGGCUGCUGAAGAGCGAGAACGCCUUUCUGCCGAAACCAGAGACAGUGGAACCGCAUCAUCUGCUUCAGUUAAACUUGGAAGCCACUGGUACCCAUCUGUGCCGGCACACGUGAUCAGAGCGCGUAUUGAAGUCUUGCGACAGAUCCGGCGUCAAGAUCCCACAGAGCCAAGUGCGCGGCGUGGCCCUACGACUGCAAGGAUCGAAGAGCUGCAGUGGUUGCUGCGCAACGUCUGGCCUACUUUCUCGAUCAGUCAUCCACCCGUGGACCAACCGGUGCCUGUACGCACGAUCGAACGCCGCAUCCGAGCCCUGCGAAGCAGUCCCAAUUACAACACCGAGCCCACAAGUCCGGACUCGCAGCAGUUGGCUAUGCUACCGAGAAUGGAAGAGCUGGAGCGGUUGUUGCAGUUUGCUGGGCAUCGGGGUGGAGUGGGUGCUGCUUCUGUUCGUGAGGGUGGGCAUGAGCAAGGUGAAACACAGAACAUGGGGUCUGGGGCCUUGUUCGAGGAAUUCGGCGAAGGUAUGAUGCGAGAUUGA